CGCCGUCGCUUCACGCAACUUCAACGUGAUUCUUUUCUCGCAAUCACUGAAGCAUUUAAUUGCCGUCUUUUUCUACCAAAUUAUCUCAGACUUUUGUAUAUCCCAUUCUGCACAUUGCAAAUAUGAGCGACACGAACGGUACUACCACCUUCAAGCCUGAGGCUCAGGAAAACGCCUCUGAAGCUCCCGGUGUCAACAAGGGCAAGGGAAAGGCCGUCGACAGAACCCCCCAGGGUCUCAGCGAGGAAGAGGAAAGCUCUGAAGAGGAGUCUGGCCCUGAAGAGAAUGGCGGUGAAGGAGCCGGCGAGGAGGAGGAAGAUGAUGACGACAUGAAGGAGAUCGACAUGGACAACAUCAUCGAGGGCGGACGACGGACCCGUGGCAAGAACAUUGACUUUGCCAAGGCCGCGCAGGCCGCUGGCCCCGAGCUCGAAGAGGACGAAGACGAUGAUGAGGACUUUCUCGGAGACGAUGACGCCAUGCAGGAGUAAAAAGGUCUCACUCUGCGGAGCAACUGGGUCACGGAAAUGGGCAAAAUAUGUCUGAUGCUUUUACGCUUGCCAUGAAAUACCAGGGCGUUGGUGGAGGAGAUCAUGUCUCGUCGGCGGUCAAAAGGGAAAAAAUGGCAUCUUUCUCAGUCCGAGCAGGGUCUCAAACAAUAAAUGGUCUAAGCUCAACUCCGAGACGAUAUUCGCUGCAUCUUGAGGAGUCUUCAGAGCGGUGCGACUUCUUAUCACUCUUGCUUUUCUUUUCUGCAGCAGUUCCAAAUAUGAAACGAAUGACAUACCAGGCGUAAUGCUUGAACUUUUUUUUUUCUCUUUUGUUAACGCUUAAAAAUGAUUUUGAGCUUAACUGCCGAUCAUCAUUAAGAAUACGCAGU